AUGGCACGUAGUAUUUUUCGUGACACCAUUGGAAGCGUUGUAUAUCAUUACGUCUACAACCCACUGGCGGUGUCUCCACUGCGGCUUAUACCUGGCUCCAAAGUCUACGCGGUGACGAAAUGGCGUCUUGCGUUGGACGACUACUACGGCACAAGAACUCGGAAAAUACAUAAGUUGCAUCAGAACUACGGCAAUGCCGUUCGUAUUAGUCCCGACGAGGUCUCGUUUUCAUCUCUCUCAGCCUUGCGUACGAUCUACGGCGCCGGCUCCGGGUUUGAACGGACAAACUUCUAUCGCAUGUUCGACGUUUAUGGGCGACAAAACUUGUUCACCUUUGCCGAAGGGAGAAAGCACGGCGAGAGGAAGAAGCUACUUGCGCAUGCUUACUCAAAGAGUGUGGUUCUGUCGUGGACUGGCAUCGCCAGGCCCCUUGUGGAGAAGAACGUCAAGAGUUUUCUCGACCUUCUUGAACAGGAGAAGAAUGUUGCAGAAGAGAUCUUCCACAGUUUGCAUUGGUUCAGCCUUGACAGCAUUACCGGAUUUCUAUAUGGAGACAAGCAUGGGGAACUCAUGCACUGA